UUUUCAGUAAGUGGAAAAAUUAGACAUGAUCAACCCCCCGAUGGUGUUGAAUUUGGCGGAAAAUUGCCACCUCGUGUGCGCGCCUCGUCGUCGUCGUCCUUCAACGGUUGGGUACCUUUCGUGGAUGGGGUUUUGGAGAUUUUCGAGAGAUGGAGAAAACUCACCCUGGCAGAGGUCAUCCGAUGGGCGUUUUACGAUUUUCUGGCCGGCUCUUAUCAGUAGGAAACGGUAUAAAAGUUAGUAUCUGGGGCCAUCAUCAAUUAUAGCUUGUUCGGUUGUUCAGCUGUUCAGUAAGAAGUGCGGUGUUUGCAGGUUUUUGUAGUGCAGUGUACAAGAUGAAGAUGUUUGUGGCGUUCUUGGCUUGUGUGGCAGUUGCUGCAGCCGACGUGAGUCUUAUACAUCCGGCAGGACACCUGGAACCACCGGUAGAACAUCUCACUUCUAAGGAAUUCAACGCUCCCUGGCCCGAGAAGAACUCCUGGGAACCGUUGGCUGAUCCUCACCAACCGAUUAGCGUGAUUACGAACAACAACAACAACAACAACAACGUUGCUCAUGAUGGCUACCAUUACGAUAACAACAACAACCAAAAUUUGAACCAGAACUUCAACAACAAUUACAAUAAUGAUUACAACAACAAUUACAACAACGAUUACACCCACAACAACAACUAUAACAACUACAACAACAACAACCAAAACUACAACCAGGUGGCCACCUACACCAACCACCACCAAAGCCACCAAGGUCAAAUCACCAAAACCAACCACGGCCAGGUGUCCUUCGAAGUGACCCACCCCUACUGGGCCACCUCCUUCGCCAAGAUCAACCGUUUCGACACCUGGCCAGCGGCCCCCGCUCCGUUCGUGGCCGCCGCCCCGCUCCCUCUGGUGGCCACUGCCCCCACCGCCUUUGUGGCCACCUCGGCGCCCAUCAUCGCCACCAACGCCGCUCCCUUUGUGAAGCCCGCGGUCGUGUACAACGAUCAGGUGGCCAAGUGGAACAACCCGUGGGCCCACCAGCACCAUGGCUGGAACGGACCGGUGGCCAAGUACGUGGCCAUCACGCCUGGAUCGGUGCACAUUGCCCCGCUGCCCGGACAUACCGUCUCGCAGAAGAUUCUGAACCUGGCGCCGGCGGCGAGCUGGUAGAAUAGUUGCUGCGGGAAGAGACGCAUGGUAUGUUGAAUAGUUCGUAAUAAAAUGGAAGGUUGUUAAAUGAAAAGAAGGUGUUGUUUUAUUGCAAUUCUGAAUAAUACAGCACAAACCCUGAA